AAAUGUCUAAAGUUCUAAAUCUGACUGCGGAAUUCACAUAACUACCUACGAAAUCUGAAAAUAUUGAUGAGCUAAUUUAAUGAAAAUUAUGUUGAAUUGUUUGUUCAAUAUAUAGCAAAAAUGUCUCAAAAAGAAGGAGGCAUAUUCUAUAACAUAGCAAGCUUAUUGGAUCAAGACUAUCGUGGCGUAAACAUAGCCGUAUACGCGCUUGCUACCGCGGGCCUAGCAGCUUCUAUACAUAAAAUACGUCCGGUUAGCAAGUUUUCGAAAGCGUCAAAAGUUCCCGAUCACUUCAUAAGAAACCAUGAGCCGCUUAGGGGUGUGUAUACCGGUGUUCAGCACUCGCCCAUGCGAUUGUUAGUGGAUCAUCAAGCACCUAUUUAUUUACCACUAUGGCAUUCCAGUAAACCUCCAAUACCAGUCAAGCUUUGGGGUGUUGAUAUAGUAAGUGGUAACGCUGUUAAUUGGCUGGAAUGUGUAGCCCGUGGAAAACAAGUGACUAUGAAGCCUAUUGGAAGAGAAAAAGAUGAUCUUGUUUCUACAGUAUUACUCCAUUUACCACAGUCAAAGGACAACACAGUGGAAACUUUAGAUGUCGGCCAAAAAUUAGUAGAGCUUGGAUUUGCCAAGGCUUCAGUUCCCCAAGAUAUUAAAAAGAAUACUUUUGAGUCAACAUUGGCACCAGCAAUUUUAUCUGCAGAGGCCAGAGCAAAAAGUUUUCGUAAUGGUGUCUGGUCAGACAACCUUCCUCCUCUGCCGGUCUAUGUAGUAUACUGGAGAAAGGGUUCACAGCUCACCACAGAGCUUGCUAUUCUAACAGCAAAAAAACUUUUACAACUUCUUUUACUUUUAACCAAAAUGGCCUUAGUAGGAGCUAAGAAUUUGGCUGCAAGGCCAUUCAAGUCUUCAAGGACUUCAAAGCAAGUCCAGACAACAUGAAUGCAUUUAUUGUCACAAGAUGUUUCUUAAAAUUCUAGUUUGUACCAGUACCAAGUAUGUUACAUUAAAUGUAAUUACUGGGUGACUUGUUCUUCAAAGCUAGACUUCCAGUUGUUUCAUGAGUCCAAAAUUUUCACCUGUUUGUAUAUAAUGUUGGUUAAUAAAAAUAACUGUUAAUGUU